AUGGCACCAAAAGGACCCAAGCUCAAUCUUCAGAGACUGUCCAAUUCGCAGCUGAUAGGUCGAGAAAAGCAUACCCAAGCUUUGACGGAUGCCUUGGAUGCCGUUCGCUCUCCCACACCCCAAGCGCUGGGACCACAGGUAGUCUACAUCGAAGCCGAGUCGGGUUGUGGCAAAACGUAUCUGUUCGAACAAUGGUACAAACUCUCCACUAACACUAACGACAUUUUGGUGGGACGAGGGAAAUUCUGUCAGACGCAGGACGCCCUUCCCUACAGUGGAUUCGUCGAAGCCAUGUCCGACCUAUUCUACCAAAUGAACGAUAAAGAAACACUCAAAGAGGAAUUGUUCAGCUUUGGAUUGGAGGAUGCGGAGAUUCAACUACUCGUCAACUUUAUUCCAGCGCUGCGGGACAUCCUCACGGAAGAGGAGAGAAAAAGUGCCCGUUUCAGUAAUGCCUCCAUUUUUUCGAGCGUCACCACUAUUCCCAGCAGUGGUGACUUUCAGCAAUCCAACGCUGGCAGCAGUGACUUCCUAAAGCAAUCUGUCAACAAAAACACCAGUGGAAACCAUGAUGGAGUCGAUUCCGAAACGACCUUUUCGGCGGAUACUAGCCCUUAUCGCAAUCCUAUCGAACGGCUUUCCUACGUCCUGGGUGAAUUCUUGAUUUGCCUACAGUCUGUUUUGCCCUUGUUUCUGGUCUUUCUGGAUGACUUGCAAUUUGCCGAGGACAAUACACGUGAUCUGAUCAUUAGUCUUGCGGCAAACAGCAAAUUGAGUGGCAUGUUGCUGGUCUUGGCCUCCCGUCCGCUCGAACAACCAAAUCAGGAAACGACAGAUGGAACCAAUCCGUCACACAGUCCAUUUCUAAUGACUCUCAAAGGGACUCUAGAGAGUUCCCAGAGAGCCUGGCGCUUUGUGGCUCUUGAGGAAAUGGACAUCCAAGAAUGCACAAAGAUCAUCUCCACAAUCACAGAAGUGAGGGAAGCAGAGUGUGAGGGAUUGGCUCAAGUGUGCCACCAAAAGACACGGGGCAAUCCAUACUUCUUGCUGUCAUUUUUGAAGACGCUGCAUGCAAGAGAGCUACUUGUCUACAACAUGACUCUGUACCGGUGGAGCUGGGAUUUGCCAACCAUAGAAGCACAAACCGAUCUGGCUGAUAAUGUCGCUGCAACUGUUUUGGAGUGCAUUUUUCGGAGUGUGGAUGAAGACGUACUGAGUACUCUUCGCAUUGCAGCCCGCUUGGGAUUCUCUUUUGACACGGACGAUGUUGCAUGUAUUCUGGAGGGGAUCAAGAAGGGAGAUCAUUCCAAACAGCAAAAUAGAGCUCUUCUGCUCUCAAAGUCCGUAGCAGACUCCGAUGUUGCUGGUAGCUCAGGGACAACCGAAUUGGUAAAAUCCCAUCUCGAGAAAGCAGGCGAGGGCAAUCUGGUGAAUGAUCAGGGUGCUGGAAAGUACAAAUUCACCCAUGAUCAGAUUUUGCAGUGCUUCCUAGCCAUGCAAAAUGAAAAAAUGUCAAGGGAGGAGGAGGAUAUCCAACUGGGAAUUUUGAUCUUGCUGCUAUUUCGAGCCAACCCACAUUCCAAACUAUGGGCCCUGUUUUCUGCUCUUCAUCUACUGGGGCCAUAUUGCCAGAACCUUCCCAAAGAAUGUCAAGUCGUUCUGGUGCGUGAGAAUGUUCUUGCAGCUGGAAAAGCCUACAAGAAAUCAGCAUUCACUGAUGCCUUCAAGUAUGCUCGCACAGCAGUGGAACUUCAUUUGUCACUGGAAGAAAAGCCGUGGGAUGGCAAGAAUCGUAAUCUAUGCCAGAAGCUUCAUCUGAUGACGGCAACGUAUGCGCUGUCCUGUGGGAACCAUGACUACUGCAAGAAAAUGGCGGAAGAUCUCAUUUCUUAUGGUGAAGACUUUGCUCAAAAGGUGGAUGCGUACUUUGUAUUGUCCUGUUCUCUCAGGAACCAAUCUAAGUUUGAAGAAAGCAUGGCAGUUCUCAUGGAUGUCCUCUCCGCAAUGGGAGAGAAAGUCCCCAACAAACCAAACCUACUUCAGAAGGCAGCUGGUUCACACAAGGCCAACAGAGCACUUAGCAAACUCUCCCCACAGCACAUUUUGAACUUGCCAAAGAUGAAGGAGCCCCUUGAGAAGAAGAAAAUGAGUUUUCUUGCCAUGCUUUACCUGGAUGCAUACCAUGGAGUGAACAAGAGCAGGAUGAAGUUUGUGCUGCACCGGAUGCUAGUCCUCACUUGUGAGCAUGGCCUCUGUAACCACAGCCCACUAGCAAUAGCAGCACAUGCAUAUGAGAUGUCGAGGCAACUCCAUGUUGAAGAUGCUUGUCAAUAUGGCGAGGUUGCCAUGAAACUGGUGGAUGAUUUGAAGGCACGAGCCAACCUUCCUACGGUCAUAUUCCUGUUGGUUGUAUAUGUGAACCAUCUUAGAACUCCAAUGUACAAGUGUUUGGCAGAUCUCCAACGUGGUUUUCAAAUUGGGAUGGAACUUGGUGACUCCCAGGCUGCAUUCCUCUGUGCUUCAACCGAGAUGAUGUUCCAGUUUGCCAUAGCACAUGACUUGCAGGACUGCUCAAUCAAAUGUGACGGUUACUACCGAGUGGCUCACGAAUAUGGACAAGACCAGUUGAAAAAAGAAGUUCUAGUGAUGUGGCAGCUAGUUUGCAAUUUGAUUGGAAGCUCCCCAGAAGCAAAGCACACAACAAGCAACCCAUUUGAUGGUGUUGCUAUGAAUCAAGUGUCAGUUAUGAAUGAGAUUCAAUCACCUGGUGACACCAUGGGCAAUUACUUAGCUGUAUGCAAAGCGUUUGGCAAUAUCUACUUGGGGUUUUGGGAGGAUGCAGCAGAGUUCUUGUUGUUAAUGUUCGAUUUUGUGGAAGAAUGGACCAUGAAAAAAACAUCUUACAAUGUUGGAUUCAUGGCAAUGUACGCUUUAACUGCCUGGUUCAAAGUGCUCCAAGGGGUCAAGUCCAAGAAAAUAUUGUCGAAGGUUCCCGUUGCCACAGGGCUUAUCAGGGGUUUGGUUGAAAAUGGUGGCAUCAAUGUCGCACCUUUGCUGUUCUUUGUAGAGGCCCAGAAAGUGGCAAUGGAUCAACCGUUUGAUGCUGUAAAGGUGGCUUUUGACAAGGCAAUUGUGGGACUUCACAGAUGUGGGCUCCGCAAUGUUGAAGCCUUGGCAAACCAACUUUUUGCUGAGUUUGCCAUGGAAAAUGGGGACCAGGAAUGGGCCUCCCACUACAUGAGCAGAGCUCACGAACUUUACCGUGCCUGGGGAGCCCAGGCCGUGGCAUGGAGGCUUGAAAGAGAGUAUGAGUCCCUGAUCAGGCAGAAUGGUUCUGGCUAA